AGAUAACUGGGAUCGACGUAGGACGACACCAAACGUGACGCGGAAUAACAUGUGGAAUAUAAUUAUGAUAUUGAUUUGUUGGGCUAACUCAUCGAUCCUCCCGGAUUAAAUUUGCGUCUUCGAAAAACCUGAUCGCAAAAAUAACAGGGAGUGAGCUAAUUUUGUGUCCCAUGUUUUUACGAUUCGGUGAUAAGGGUAAAUGAAAAAAAAAACCCUGAUCAUCUUAGGAAAAUAUCAAUAUUGCACUACGGCAUCGACAUUGAUUACAUCGUUAAUUCAGCCCUUGGUUAUCAUAAUGGAAACGUUGAAUGUUGCGCUUUGUGAGUUCAGUUUCUUUUGGUGCCAGCGAUCAGUGAAUAGUAAAUUCUAUUACUAGUCAUGGAAAGCCUAGGGGAAUCUCUGAACGACUCCGACACACACCACGCUAACCCCUCUGCCGCACGUAUUGUUCUGGUUUGUUGCCUUUACCUGCCCUUUGCCGCCUUGACGGUCACUGGGAAUAUUUUCGUUCUCGUCGCGUACAAGCGCGACGAACGCAUAAGGAAGAAUUCAACAAAUACCUACAUCUUAAAUCUUGCCAUAGCAGAUUUACUUGUAGGAUUGGUCAUGUUAGUUAACGCACCGAUGUACGUCACAGACGAUUGGUAUUUCGGGAAAACGGUGUGCAUCAUUGUAUGGGCUAUCGAUUUCACGUCGACCGACAUGUCGGUCAUUACCAUUAUCGCGAUCAGCCUUGAUCGAUACCUCAUGGUGAGAAACACAAUGCGUCAUCGUGCUCGGCAGUCAAGACGACGAAUAGCUCAAAUCUUUAUCGUGGUUUGGACCGCGUGCCUUUUUAUUCAUCUAUGUAUAGCAUUCCUCUAUUCGGCUAUCACGAAAUAUAAAUACCUGAAAUAUCAAACUUGCAAUCUGGAAUACAGAAGGGACAAAAUUUUAGUCAUAUCCAUGUUUUUAGUAGAGUUCGUUGUGCCGGUGACGUGCCUCUUUCUACUGAACACAAAGGUUUUCAUGCAUAUACACCGACAAGGGAGUAGGAUCAGACUAAGCCGAAAGGCGCAAACGGUUGCAUUUGAUCCUACCAUCAACCUUGGUAAAGAUACAGCAAGUGGACUUUACGAACCAAAUGCUAUUUCUUUAACAUCAUACAGGGUACUUUGGAGCCAAAGUGGAAUCACGUACGAGGUACCGACUUGCGUCGACUCUUUUGAACCGUCGUCUUACGCGCAAACGAUACCAUCGGAUGACCUCAGGUCACAGAGCACCUCGCGUUCCAGGGACAAUGAGAUUCGCGUUCAUCGAUUCGCAAAAGCGCGCUCGCGUCACCACAAAGCAGCUAAGCUUCUUACCGCCCUGCUUAUCGUGUUCAUCAUUAGCUGGCUCCCGUAUUACAUAUAUGAUUGCAUUGUUCUUAUCAAUGGGGAGGAAUCAGCGAACGAGGCCGUGACACAGAUAUUGACCUUCAUCCUCUGGGGGAAUUCGGCUGUUAAUCCCCUUUUGUAUGCGUUCACCAAUAUCCACUACAAGCAGAAUUUCAUGCAAUUUCUUCAUCUAAGGAAAGGCAUGCACGUCAUCAACGAACGGCCUACUUUUCAUUAGACUCGUAAUUGCUAGAACUUGUUGUUUCGUCAAUUAUGUGAAGCUCGUGCAACAGGAUAAUCAGUAAUCAUUUCUACGAAAAUUGAAAAUUUAUACUAUGCAUUCCGAAUAUUUCAUUCAGCAUCGUUUGUUGCACAUUGUGUAUGGUUUUGACUUGCCUUUUUAUCUGAACAUCGAAUUCUGCUUCAGGCAUUACGUUCAUUCAGCAAGAAUUCUGUCUGUAUUGGCUUCACUCCAUCCUGCUGAGGUGAAUGGUUUACACGUAAGAAUUUAUCACAUGGAUGUAAAAUGCAGCCCAGCUACACCCGAGAUAUUAACACAAUCACUGUUAAGUAAUUGCAAUUUGUGAAAUGAACUCUUAUCCAUAUCAUCCGUGUUGGUCAAUUAGACCUAUUUGCUGUUUCCUCGUGCUGCACUUUAAUCCAACUAGGAUUUUUCUUGCCACAACUUUAUUGAUAAAAAAGUGCCACAUUCAACCCAGGACAAAGCACGUAACAAUAAUGAUAUACCAGUGCGGUAGACACAUUAGAACUCACUAGAAACUUGUUUUCAUAUUUCUUUUAAUUGCAUUCAAAACGGAAAGGUUUGCAACUGGGGCCGCGGAAUAGUUUUGAAAGUGUGUGUGUGGGGGGGGGG